GCGCUCAUCCUCAACUGACACACAGCAACUUUUCCGGUUGGACUCAGUGGAGACGUGGCUCUGUUUCCUUAUUACGAGUCAAGCUAGCUGUUAAACAGACCAUACGUCUUUACUUAGACAUCUUCAGUUUAAAACAACUCGACAGUGUCCGGCACUGAGGCCGUAGAGGGAUCGUCGUGUGAAAGGGAGCAGAAAUGGUGCUCUUGGCAGCGGCGGUGUGCACUAAGGCUGGUAAAGCCGUAGUGUCACGACAGUUUGUAGAGAUGACUCGAACCCGUGUUGAGGGCCUGCUGGCUGCCUUUCCCAAACUCAUGAACACUGGGAAACAGCACACUUUUGUGGAAACCGAAAGUGUGCGCUACGUUUACCAGCCCUUAGAAAAACUUUAUAUGGUUCUCAUAACUACUAAAAACAGCAACAUUCUGGAGGAUUUGGAGACCCUGAGGCUUUUUUCCAGAGUGAUCCCUGAAUAUUGCCGUGUGCUGGAGGAGUCGGAGGUCUCAGAGCACUGUUUUGAUCUCAUAUUUGCAUUUGAUGAAAUCGUAGCCCUGGGCUACAGGGAGAACGUUAAUCUGGCACAGAUUCGCACUUUUACGGAGAUGGACUCGCACGAGGAGCGGGUUUUCCGGGCGGUUAGAGAGACUAAAGAAGGAGAAGCUCGGGCUGAGAUGAAACGGAGGGCCAAAGAGCUGCAGCGAGCAAGACAAGAUGCUGAACGAAUGGGGAAAAAAUCUCCGGGCUUUGGAGGUUUUGGAAAUUCAAGCAUGAGCAGUGUCACGUCUUCUUCCAUCAUCACAGACAUGAUAGAACCGGAAAAACCAAAAGUGGCUCCUGCUCCAGUCAGGCCGAGUGGUUCGAAUAAAGCACUGAAGCUGGGUGUCAAAGGAAAAGAAGUGGAUUACUUUGUAGACAAACUGAAAUCAGAAGGAGAAAAUAUUCUUACAUCCAGUGCAGGAAGGAAAGCAUCAGAUGCAUCUAAAGUCCUUCAGCCUCCAGUGAACACAGAGAGUGUACAUCUCAGGGUGGAGGAAAAGAUAUCACUCACUUGUGGCCGGGAUGGUGGACUGCAGACCAUGGAAGUUCUGGGAAUUAUGACUCUGAAAGUCACAGAUGAGAAAAAUGGACGCAUUUCUAUACUGAUCAACAACAAUGAUAAAAAGGGAGCCCAGCUACAGACUCACCCACAUGUUGAUAAGAAGUUGUUCACCACAGAGUCUUUGAUUGGGCUUAAAAACCAGGAUAAGUCAUUUCCUCUCAACACUGAUUUGGGAGUUAUCAAGUGGAGGUUACAAACCACAGAGGAGUCUCUAAUCCCUUUAACAAUUAACUGCUGGCCUUCAGAAAACGGAAGUGCCUGUGAUGUCAAUAUCGAGUAUGAACUGCAGGACGAGGCCCUUGAACUCAACGAUGUCGUCGUUGCUAUUCCAGUGCCGUCAGGAGUGGGUGCUCCUGUGGUCGGUGAUCUGGAUGGUCAGUAUAACCACGACAGCCGGAAAAACAUGCUGGAGUGGUCUCUUCCCGUUAUUGAUGAGAAGAACAAGACUGGAAGCCUGGAGUUCAGUAUAGCAGGCAGACCCAGUGACUUCUUCCCAAUCAAUGUUUCAUUUGUCUCCAAGCGAAACUUUUGUGAUAUUCAGGUGGCCAAGGUUACACACGUAGAAGGAGGCCAUCCAGUCAAGUUCUCAACUGAGACAUCGUUUGUUGUGGACAAAUAUGAGAUCCUGUAAAUGUUUACAGAAGGAAGAAACUUGUUUAAACCAGCCAGCGUAAUGAUUCAGAGACCAAGCUGUACAUUAACAGAACUCUCAAAACAUCUUCUGAAAUGUGAUGCAGUGUUUCUUUAUUAAUGUUUGACUGAGAAAGGUAAAUAAUCUGUUUAUAUCAACUGGAUAUUCGGCUGUUCAAUACUAUGUGAGCCUAUCGGCAAAGACGAAGGAGAUUAAAAUACAGCCUUGCACCUGUAGACAUCAAGGUAAGAUCGGAUUUGCAUACCACAGCAGGUGUACAAUGAGACGGAGGGUGUUUAAAGCCGCCUCCACCGAUCAGAAUAAGAGCUCAAUACUUGUACACAUCUUGUUGCAUGAUUAAACUUUAUAUUUAUAGUUUUGUGA